AGGUGACUCGGGGCGUCUCGGCUCGAUCGGGCGUAGCGCGACAUGGCAGGCGGCGGCGCGUUCUGCGCGUUCUGGCAGCGGGCAGCGGGCCCGCGGGAGCAGCGCCUGCUGGAGCUGCUCUCCUACGGGCUGGUGGCGCUGGGCGCUGUCUCGGCGCUGCUGCUGCGAUUCAUCCCCAUGCCCUACGGGCGCUACUCGUCGCGGCGCUUCGGCUGGCUGCUGCCCGCCCGGCCCGCCUGGCUGCUGCAGGAGCUGCCCGCGCUCCUCGUCCCGUUCGCGCUGGCCGCCUGCAUCCCCGCCUGGCGGCUGCCCAACGCCGUCCUGCUGAGCUGCUUCAUCCUGCACUACGUGCACAGGGCACUCAUAUUUCCUUUUCUGAUCCGGCAAGGAAAACCGACACCAUUUUUCACCUUCCUACUAGCACUUCUCUUCUGUAUAUACAAUGGAUACCUGCAAGGCCGAAGCUUAAGCACCUAUGCAGAGUACCCUUCAGACUGGUUAAAACGUCCUUGUUUCAUUGCAGGUUUCAUGGGGUGGCUGAUCGGCAUGGCAAUCAAUAUUCAUUCUGAUCAUAUCCUUAGAAAUCUGAGAAAACCUGGAGAAACUGGUUACAAGAUACCAAGAGGAGGAAUGUUUGAAUAUGUCAGCGGAGCCAACUUCUUUGGAGAGAUCCUGGAAUGGUUUGGAUUUGCUCUUGCCUGCUGCACUAUUGAAAGCCUUGCAUUUGCACUGUGUACGCUUUUCAUUUUGGGUUCAAGGGCAAAGCAACACCACCAAUGGUACCUUGAGAAAUUUGAAGACUACCCAAAGAACAGAAAAAUUGUGAUUCCAUUUGUGUAUUAGUUUAUUAUUUAAAUACCAUCAGGUUCUGAUGGUAGCAGCAUUUUUAAAUGGUUACUUCUUGGAACAAGUAACACUUCACGAGUGUUACCCAGCCAGUGUAUUCUCAUCACUGUGACAAAGCCUUUGUAUCAGUACUGUUAGUUACUGCUUUUCCUUGUAAUGAAAACCCCAAACUCAGUGGGCAUGGUGAACAGGAACAGAAGUGCUUUUGCAGUGGCACAUCACCACCGUGAGUAUGUAAGACAAGGCAUCUGAAUUCAUACCAUGGAAACUGUUGUACGGGAUUUCUCAUACGUCAGUUUCAGCCUAUGGUUUUCUGGUGUUCCCAUCUGAGGAUUGUGCUAUAACAGUCACCCUCAGUGUAUAAUCUGGCUGCUGUGUUCAGUUUUCUACUUGUCUACAUACACCAGUGGGAUUGAUUUGAUCACCUUUCUUAUUCUUUCUUCCCUUUGCCCUCCAUUUCCAGGAGAUCAGAUGCAGACCAAAGACAUUAAAUGAAUACAGAUACUGUGAGAUGAGAGAUGUUCUUCAUCUCCUCUGCACUCCUGUGCAGAUAUGAACAAAACAGGGAUAAAACUUACUGCUGUUUACAUUGAUAGCUAUAGUGGUGCCUUUCCCAAAUGACUGAUUUUAAACAUCUACCUCUCAAAUUUCAUAGCCAUCUCAAAUAAUACUCAACAUGUGUUUUCUGCUCAAUAUUAUUUUAGAGGACAUUAUUUAUAAGGGAUAAAUUGUUCUUUUUAAUAAUCUGUAGAUUUUGCUUACUAUAUAGUUUUUUUAAAAAAGCCUUUUCCUAUUGA